CCAGGCGUGACUCCUUCUCUCUGCUCCCUCAGUGAGCCAGCUUCCCUCUGGUGUCUCUUACAGAGGCCACAGAGAAUCUUCCGAAAGGACACUAGGACGAUUCAGAGGCCCGUGAUUCCGCCCUUUUAAUCCAGGGCGCGUCCCUGACUCAGCACGACCUCGCACAUCCUUUGCUGGCUCCGGGGCCACAGUUGUCUCCUUGCAAGGUGAGAAUCCUGUUUUCCAAGGACGCUUCUCCGGCGUCCUUGAUGGACUACAGCGGUGUUAAGGUUCAUAAGUGAGCUCCCACGCAGGUGUGUGUGACGAGGUGGCGCUCCUGUCCCCCACAGAAGUCUCCUGCGAACACGGACUUGAUUAACUGACCGCCUGUCUGACCUCAGACUCCAGGCUGGGAUCGGGGAGCAACGGACUCCUGCCCCGGGCUAGGUCUGGCUCUAGGGACGCGGCUACUCCCUGUCGCUCACCUCCCACGUAGGGCCGAGAAAGCCGGUGCUCCCGGCUGCACGCGCCUUGUCAAGCCGAUUCCGGGUGGGAGGCCUGCGUAGAAGGCCGCUGGGUGCAGGGAACGGAGCAGGAGGCUGAGCCCGCCCGAGAGCUCCGCCCAGAUCGGUGGAGAGCAGCGGCCUUUCGGUGCCUCGCCACACGGGGGUGUGGUCCAGAGGACUCGGCUCCCCUGCGCUCCCCGGCAACCCUAGGGAGUUUUGUAGCACCCACUGCGCCUUUGCACGCAACCACCCGGGAAGACUCCUGCAAUCGCCGGACCCCUUUCUCCCAACCCACCUCCCUCGUGCAAGCUGAGGAGAGGCGGGAAGCAUGAGGGACUAUGACGAGGUGAUAGCCUUCCUGGGCGAUUGGGGGCCCUUCCAGCGCCUUAUCUUCUUCCUGCUCAGCGCCAGCAUCAUCCCCAAUGGCUUCAAUGGUAUGUCAGUCGUGUUCCUGGCGGGGACCCCGGAGCACCGUUGCCUUGUGCCUCACACCGUGAACUUGAGCAGCGCGUGGCGCAACCACAGCAUCCCCUUGGAAACGAAGGACGGACGACAGGUGCCUCAGAGCUGCCGCCGCUACCGACUGGCCACCAUCGCCAACUUCUCUGCGCUGGGGCUGGAGCCAGGACUGGAUGUAGAUCUGGAGCAACUGGAGCAAGAGAGCUGCCUGGAUGGCUGGGAGUACAACAAGGACGUCUUCCUGACCACCAUCGUGACAGAGUGGAAUCUGGUGUGUGAGGAUGACUGGAAGACACCCCUCACCACCUCCCUGUUCUUCGUAGGCGUUCUCUGUGGCUCCUUCGUGUCUGGGCAGCUGUCAGACAGGUUCGGCAGGAAGAAAGUCCUCUUUGCCACCAUGGCUGUGCAGACUGGAUUCAGCUUCGUGCAGAUUUUCUCAACCAACUGGGAGAUGUUUACUGUGUUAUUUGCCAUCGUGGGCAUGGGCCAAAUCUCCAACUAUGUGGUGGCCUUCAUACUCGGGACUGAAAUCCUGAGCAAGUCGGUUCGCAUCCUCUUCUCCACGUUGGGAGUCUGUACAUUUUUUGCCAUCGGCUACAUGGUGCUGCCGCUGUUUGCAUACUUCAUCCGAGACUGGAGGAUGCUGCUGUUGGCACUGACACUGCCUGGGCUGUUCUGUGUCCCCCUGUGGUGGUUUAUUCCAGAGUCUCCCCGGUGGCUGAUAUCCCAGAGGAGAUUUGAAGAGGCAGAGCAGAUCAUCCAGAAAGCCGCAAAGAUGAAUGGCAUCAUGGCACCAGCGGUGAUAUUCGAUCCUCUGGAGCUACAGGAGCUAAACUCCUUGAAGCAGCAGAAAGUCUUCAUUCUGGACCUGUUCAAGACUCGGAACAUUGCCACAAUAACAGUGAUGUCUGUGAUGCUGUGGAUGCUAACCUCAGUGGGUUACUUUGCUCUGUCUCUCAAUGUUCCUAAUUUGCACGGAGAUGUCUACCUGAACUGCUUCCUCUCUGGCCUGAUUGAAGUUCCAGCUUAUUUCACAGCCUGGCUGCUACUGCGAACCCUGCCUCGGAGAUAUAUUAUAGCUGGGGUGCUGUUCUGGGGAGGAGGUGUGCUUCUCUUGGUCCAAGUGGUACCUGAAGAUUACAACUUUAUAUCCAUUGGCCUGGUGAUGCUGGGGAAAUUUGGGGUCACCUCUGCCUUCUCCAUGCUGUACGUCUUCACAGCGGAGCUCUACCCAACCCUGGUCAGGAACAUGGCUGUGGGCAUCACCUCCAUGGCCUCGAGGGUGGGCAGCAUCAUUGCCCCCUAUUUCGUGUACCUGGGUGCUUAUAACCGACUCCUGCCCUACAUCCUCAUGGGCAGUCUGACUGUCCUCAUUGGAAUCAUCACACUUUUUUUCCCUGAGAGUUUUGGAGUGACUCUACCAGAGAACUUGGAGCAGAUGCAGAAAGUCAGAGGGUUCAGAUGUGGGAAAAAAUCAACAGUCUCCAUGGACAGAAAAGAAAACCCCAAGGUUCUAAUAACUGCAUUCUGAUAAAGUUUCCAAGGCACGUGGCAAACUGAAAAACAGGUGGGGUACAAUGAGCAGGGUGUGCUGGAGCCAGCCUGAAAGACUGCCCUCUUGGUAUGGGGACAGGAGGAUCGAGAAGUCAAGGUCAUCAUUGACUAUGUCAGGAGUGUGAGACCAGCCUGUCUCACCACAAGCAGCCCUGUCUGAACAAAACAAAACAAAACAAAACAAAACAAAACAAAACAAAACAAAACAAAAGCCUUUCCGCUGAAAGGUACUAAUAGAAACAAUGAGCACCAAACUGGACUUGUGGAGAAAUACACAAUAUCUCAUAAAUUCUGGACCACUCUUCCAGACGGUCUUGUUUUUAAGAACCAACAUUUCUAAACAGUCUUGACUGCUAACUAUUCAAUGAAAUAGAUUUGUAAGAAUUUUUUUUUUGAAAAUGUGUUAGUCAAGGACUGGCAAAAUCCAUAUGAAGAUGAUCACACAUUUCCAAACGUAUAAAUGCUGUCCAAAUAAAAUUCAUUGUAUCAUGACGACCGUUA